AGUAGCAACGCCAAACCCCAACCAAAAAGGGCCAAUCCAUUUCGUUCCUCACAACGAUCAAGCACUCUGCUCCGUCUCCGGUGCCGAAAGAAUAACAGUUACAGUAAUCCCACAGACUUCUCUUCCCAGCGGAAAUACAGAAGUUUGGCUGGUCAACGCAUAAGGAAAGUGUUGUGUGUGUGUGUGUGUGUGUGAUUCAAGUAGAAAGGCAGCUGAGCAGUGAUUUUAAACCUCGUCUCAUCUUCCUGGACACCCCAGGGCGGAACCGUAAUGGAACCGGAUAUCAUCUUCGCUGGCGAAAUUCUGCGACAACGGUGAAAGGUUUAAAAGUGGUACAAUCGAAUUGCAUUUUUGCCCCCCCGAAAGUAGUCCCCCCCCUAUCUUGGGCGUGUGUGCCAGUGUGUCGUUGUGCUUGUGGGUGUGUGAUUCACUUAAAACGCGCCAAAUUCACAAGCUUCCGUGAAAUUGUCAGCUAGCGGUGCGUUACUAUAUUUCCGUCGCGGUGGUGUAGCGGAAUCGAAAGGUGCUAAGUGAUUGAUCAACUGGAGAAGAUUUUAGGUUUCGGGGGAGAGAUUUUAGUAACCGAACCCUCUUCCAACAUUCGCCAACGACACAUUUGCGGCAUGGAUUAUUUGCUUCGCUCUCGCAGGAUGACUGUCCCCAAAAGAUACGCCGAAUUCGUUGCACUGAUUGCAAUCUCGUGCACGCUGUUCCUGUUCCUGCACACCCAGAGCUUGACGUCGCGGUUGCGCGAAAUGGAGGAUCGACUACAGGAACCGUCCUCCCUGUCCGCCGCCAGUGGGCUGAGUGGUAAUUCAAUUAGCCAAGCAUCGGCCGGCGCUAACCAAAGCCACCAUCCGGAAGAGCACCUCCAGCACCACGACCGAGAGCUGAUUGGCAAUCUGCAUCAUACGUACAACUAUCUUAAAAGCACCGGACAGAUGCAAACGCUCAAAGCGACGGAGCUGAACAACACGCGCCGGGCCGAGGUGCCGAUCAUCUUCUUCAACCGCGUGCCGAAGGUCGGCAGCCAAACGUUCAUGGAGCUGCUGCGCCGGCUAGCCGUACGCAACGACUACACCUUCCACCGGGACGUCGUCCAGCGGCUCGAGGUGAUCCGGCUGGCGCCCGAGCGGCAGCAGGAGCUUGCCGAGAUGGUGAUGGACCUGCCGGUGCCCUCCGUGUACGUCAAGCACGUGUGCUACACGAACUUUACCCGCUUCGGCCUGCCGAUGCCGAUCUACGUCAACAUGGUGCGCGAUCCGGUCGAGCGCAUCAUCAGCUGGUACUACUACGUCCGGGCGCCCUGGUACUACGUGGAGCGCAAGCAAGCCUUCCCCGAUCUGCCGCUGCCCGAUCCGCGCUGGCUGAAGAAGGACUUCGAGACGUGCGUGCUGCAGGGCGACCCGGAGUGCACCUACUCGCAGAACGCGGUGCACGAGGGCAUCGGGGACCACCGCCGGCAGACACUGUUCUUCUGCGGGCACGGUGAAGAGUGUCUCCCUUUCAACAGUGCCGGUGCACUGGAGCGGGCCAAGUACGCGGUCGAAAGCCAGUACGCGGUGGUGGGCGUACUCGAGGACCUCAACACCACGCUGACCGUGCUGGAGAAGUACGUGCCGCGGUUCUUCAGCGGCGCCAGCUCGGUCUACUUCAACGAGGUGAACGUGCUGCAGAAGAUCAACAAGAACAACUUCAAGCCGCCGGUCAGCGAGGAGAUCAAGAAUCUGGUCCGGCGAAACUUCACCAAGGAGAUCGAGUUCUACCAGUUCUGCAAGCAGCGGCUCUACAAGCAGUACCUGGCGACGCAGGUACCACUGAAAUGAAAAAGUGUUCCUUUUAUGGCAAGCGCGCGCGCGCCGCGCCCAACAGCACUGCCGGUGCUUUGCAGCUACGAUAAGAAAUAAAGAUGGCCAACUGGCCAACACACACACACACACACACGCAGACACCCCACUCCCUUAAGCACACACUGAAACAUUCCCACAACAGCAUCAUUAUUUAUGUAUAAACUAUUCAUUUAGCGUGUAGGGGCCCAUCAUCGAGCGGCGUAAGAAGGUUUAAUCCACCGAUCAGCCAGGAGAUCGCUGGAGGCGAAGAUCGCGGCAUCGUCGGUGGUGUAUUUGUUUUGUGUCGUUAGCAGAAGAAACAUGUGUAAAAUAAAUAUUAAAUUUACAACAACGUUGAGAAA